AUCUCAUCUCAAUCGCCUUCCACUUUCCACAUUUCACCGCUCUUUGCUCUGCAACUGCCACGGAACCGGCAUCUUCAUCUUCAACUCCAACUCACAUGGCGCAAAUGUGGCUUCUCUGGUGGCCGAAGAACUCCUCUGCCGCCGCCAAAACUAGCACAUCCUCUGCCACCGCCGCCGUAACUGCGACUUCGCUCGCCACAAAGGUAUCUUCCUCGCACUGCAACCGCAUCGCCAAACUGUUGCGCAAACUGAAGAAACGCGGCAGAGUACUCUGUAGCACAACUGGAGAGAGCAGCAGCAACUUCCAAUGCCGCUACGAUCCUUUGAGCUACUCUCUCAACUUCGACACCAGCGGGUGCGGAAGCUUGUUAGAUGAGCACUACUAUCAGUUCUGCACUUUCUCCUCGAGAUUCGCGUCCAAUCCAGGAACUGUUUCUCGUCCUGCUCCUGAUGGAACAGUCACUGCUUCUCGCUAGCGCGAUCUCUAUCCCUAGCAUUUUUCUUUCCUCUUUCUUAACCGAUCUUUAACUUGUAUGCAACAUUAGGGUGAUUUUGAUUUAUAUAUAAAAAUAUACCUGGUUCAAGAAUUCCAGAGAUAAUUUC